CAUAACCUUUCAAAUAAAUUUUUUAUUUCUCAUAUAAAAAAUUAUCUCGUUUGUACUGUAAUUGGAAAGAAGAAAAAUAUGGCAAUGGAGAAUAGUAUAGAUGUAAUUAUUAAACGUGAACCACAAGAGCAGGAGGAGCAGGAAGUCAAUUUUAAUUCAAGUUAUACCGAAAUCGACGACAACAUUAAACCGCUUAAUGUGAAACGGGAAGAGGAAAUAAAUUCCUUUCUUAACGAACAAAAGUUUCAUAUAAAAGAAGAGUGUGACUAUUUUGGUUUACAAAUAAAACAGGAAUCCGACUGGAAUGAUGUCGAUCAAACUCAUAGUCCGCCAUCCAGUAGUAUCGUCGCUUCCACUGACAUUAUACAGACCACUGUGAAAAGUGAUUACAGUCAUCAGAUGCUUUCAAAAGACACAAAUAUGUGGAAAGAUGAAAAUCCUGAACAUUCUAAUUAUACUAUGAACUGCGACGAGCAAGAGCAGUUUAAACAUUCCGAAAAAGUUCCACAAAUAUUCAAACAAGCAUCCAAGUGUCUUCGAAAAAUUAUUGAAAAUGGUAGCAAUAUAAAAGAAACCGUUUACAGUCAAAGGAAACACAUUAAUCUCAGGGCUAUGUAUGCUUUAGUAUCAAAAACUGUACAAAAUUACUCUCAAAUUAAUGAUAUCAUUGCUAGAGCAGAACUGUUGGUGAAGGAAACACGUUUUGAUCCAUGGCUCGCACGCAUCUUGGUAACACAGCUACUUUGGUCGGACAAUGGGCUUAAUGGACAAUGUAGACCAAUUGAAAUUAUCAAGUCAUACCAGUCCAAGUUGGAAAGAUACGCUGGUUCCAAUAUGUCAGUGCAAGCACGAGUUUAUAAGCCACGCUAUGUACGGGUGAACACAUUUGCUCUCACAGUAGACGAGGCCAUCGACGGUUUCACUAAUGAAGGUUGGGAAUUUGUGGAACAUGCUGGUGACGAUUACAGCACAUUCGUUGAACAAACAACUUCCUUGCACAGUGGCCAAUUUAUGUUAGAUCUCCACAUCAAAGAACUACUUAUAUUUUCUGACAAAGCAGAAUUGUACAAUCACGAAACGUUUAAGUGCAAGUCGAUUUUUUUACAAGAUAAGGCCAGUUGCAUUCCCGUGCACUUGUUAAACCCAACACCUGGAACUGUAGUGCUGAAUAUGUGUGCAGCACCGGGGCUAAAAACCAUAUUCCUGGCGGAACGAUUACAAAACAAAGGAACCGUGUAUGCGGUCGAAAGGGACGAAAACCGCUAUCAUACUCUCACGUCACUGAUUAAUGAGACCGGUGCCACGUGCAUCAAACCCAUUCAUAAAGAUGUUCUUAAAGUUUCAGCGGAAGAGUGUCCCAAUGUGGAGUAUAUUUUAAUCAACCCUAUCUGCUCGGGAUCUGGAAUUAUUGAUCGAAUUAAUGUUGAUCAGGUGAACACCGUAAAUCACGACCGUUUAACAAAGUUAAUAAGAUUUCAAACGCUCCUACUUGAACACGCGCUCUCACAAUUUCCUCAAGCCAAACGGGUCGUUUACUCUACAAGCUCCAUUCAUUGGCAAGAGAAUGAAUACGUAGUGCGUAACGCUUUAAAGAAAAUGACCGAUUUUAAGCUCAUCUCACCAGAUGCUGCAUUAAAUCAUACUUUCGUUAAUAUUUGUCCAAAUCAAUGUUUUAAAGCGAUACAGAAAAAGUGCGUUUAUACUGUUCCAAAAAGGGAUUUAACAAAUGCCAUUUUUGUUGCUGUUUUUGAAAGAAAACGAGAAGUAGAUGCAAGCGCCACCUCUACAGGGACAAGGGGUUGGCUUAGCCGACAUAGAACUUAUAAACGAAACUCAAAAGAGAUGUCUAGAGAAACUGAUCAAGAUUAUCAAAGAGACUUUCAGGAAGACUUUGUUGAAACAACAAAAUCUAGAAGAAAGGAAUACUAGGGGACGUUUUUUGGUAAUAAUCUGUACAAUUGUAAAUCAAAAAAGUUUUAAAAGUUCCUUUAAAAAUGUCAAAGAUAUG